AUGACUGUCGACCGCGUUACGGCGCAGAUCCAAAGGUUGGCGCUGGCCAAAUCAACGGCUUUUACUAAUUCGGCCUUGUCAGUGGUACAAGUCGCAGAAACAAACCCGACGGGGCAAGGCGGUCGGCUGGCUUCUCGACUUGUCCGCGACUGGUUUGCUGGUCAUCCUAGGCGGCAAAGGCAGGAGAAGCCAAACUCGGAUCCCCGACUCACGGAGCAGAAUCAGGGGCCGUCGGUCGAGUGCCCACCCCUGCGCAUCUUUCCUCCUCGCUCGGAUGGAAGCCCAGACCAUGACCUGAUCGUUCAGCCGGGGCAAAGCUAUGGAGCAGCACAUGAUCCCGAAGGCCGGGGCAGGACGCUCAUAUCCUGCAUGUGCCGGUGCUGCCGUUACCACUUCGUUUUCAAGAUUAACCCAUCUCCUCACAAAGAUGGCGCUGGGCACCUGCAACACCAUUUCCGGGUCGUGGAGGCCUCCUGGAACGGCCUUUCCGAGGCUGCGGCGUUCCACCACUCGAAGCCUAGUCCCCACCUGUGUCGGUUUCAGUACGCCUGCACGCUCUGUGCCGUCUCCGUCGACCUAGAGAUAUCGCUCCCACGACUGAAACCAACGUGGCUGAAGAUGAUAAUGGAUGAGAAGAGGAUUAAAGAGUCGCUCAAGGUCGCGAAGAAACAAGACCCAACCCGCUAUGCGGAUGUCACUGCGGAGAAAGAGACUCACUACGUUACGACCGUGCUUUACACCUUGAGCCAGUACCUCAAGAACGUUCUCGACGACGACGGGAAGGGGUCGCGAAAGAAGAUAUCGUGCCGGAACAAAACCUUUAUGGUGCAGUUCGGCCGGGAUUGCGACCAGGUCUUUCGAUACCUGGGCUUCGAGGAGGAAGAAGAUCAGGCCGCCAACGAGUCUUACUGGCUGCCACCACAGCUACCGCCUCAAGAGGGCAAGACACCCAUUGGGUCUCCGAGAGCCUUCUAUGAUGAUGUUAGGUCGGAAGUGCAGAGCAUACUAGACUACAAACCUCCCGUGCAGGGGGAACCCGUUGUCCGGCCCGUCUCGGCAUCCGCCCGAGACGAACUCGAGAAGGCUCUGGAGUGUGACAGGAGCCACCGCAGCUUCAGCACAUUGUCCGUCAACAAGAACGAGGAGGAACACUUUGCUGCUCUGGGGGCGCCCGUUGAUGCGGAUGAUGCCUUGAUCAAGUUUGCCUUCAAUAGACAGGUGGAACUCGACCCCGAAAAUACGCCAAUUUAUCUCGAAGCGCUCGGUACGCUAGCUGCUCGCCGCUCGGAGGAGCUCCAGAUGUUUGUGUUUACUCACCAAGAACUGCUCGCGAAGCAAAAAGAGACUGCGACUAGUACUGUGGAAAGCACACCAGUUGAAAAGGCCUACGCCCAUUUUGGGCUUUCAAAGGCGUGCCCCGAGGACGCAAAGUAUUUUAUUGGUGUCUACAGGACUUACAGGGAGCAGUCCCCCGCACAAAAGUCAGACCACCGGCUUGCUCUGCUCCGCAUUGGGAAGGACCGACACAGCGAGGAAAUCUUGAAAGAGGUGUUCGAGACGCAGAUGGACCUUCCUGAAGCCUGCCAGUUCUUGCGUGUAGAGGGCGAGUGGCCAAUGGACAGUAUUGCCGUAUCCGCACAGAGUGUGGCUUCGGAACUGGACUCAGACCAACUAGACCUUCAACUCCUCGCACUGGACACCAUUGCCCUCAAGCGGCCGAUGAACGACCCCAACCGCCCAGCCUUUGACGGCAUCGUGGCCGAACUACGAUCCCGCCUGACCCAGUUUAUCUCCAACAACCCAGCGGAAGAGGCCCGGGGUCCUCAGCACGCUGUCGAUGUGGACUUACCGGUUGGUCUUGCGAACCUGCGGAAUACGUGCUACCUCAACAGCAUCCUGCAGUACUUCUACUCGGUCAAAGCCGUCAGGAACCUCGCCGUUACGUCCGAGUUGAACCCCUUGGAGCCCACUGAAGCCAAUCUUAGCAGUAUUCUACGCAUUGGCAGUAAUGGCGGCAGCGAUGGACCAGAUCAAAGCCCGUCCGAGUUGGAGACUGGCCGGGCUUUCGUGGGUCAUGAGUUUACUCGUGAACUAAGCACUCUGUUCCGCGACCUGGAUGCCACUGGGGAGGUAUCGAUCCCGCCCCGCCAGCGUCUUGCCAACGCUGCCUUGCUGCGGCCUGAAAAAUUGCGCCCACACUCGGCCGACGUCCCUGCCGUUGCCGCCUCGGGUGACGGCGAUGCACCACCACCACCUCUCCCACCUCGUGCCGGCGAAAGUCCCCCUACCAAUGUUGCCGACGCACCCAUGGGAGAGCCCGAACAAGUCGAAGUGGAAAGCACCCGAAGUUCCCAAACAUUGGUCGAACAUCCCCGAGAGGACAACGGCCCUUUGGUUUCCACACUUGACGAUCGCUCAUCUGACAAGGCUACGGCAGCAACAGCGCCUAGCCCCGCGCACGACAUGCAAACUUCCGACACUGCCACCAGUCGCCCAAACGAAGGUGACGUAAAAAUAUCUAAGCUUACCGUGGAAGAGCUUGCCGUCGAGCUGGACAAGCCGAACGUCGGAUCCGAUCAGAUGGACGUCGACGAGGUCAUGGGCAAUGCCAUUGAUCAUUUGCGCGCCGCCUUCAAAAUUUCCAGCAUUGGCGCCCCCAAGAGCACAACCGACCCGAUUGAACAAGCCUUCUUCUCGACCUUUAUCGACAGCCGCAAAAAGCGGGGAGAAAAGGAAUGGAACCGAACCAGCCGAUCCGACCGUUGGGUGACGGCAUACCCAUCCCAGACGGGUACGAGGGGUCUUUAUGAUGCUUUGGCGAUCUCAUUCGAUUUGGAGCUGCUGCCGGACAAUCUUCUGUCCUUUACGAGCAUUGAAAAGCCCGCCCCGCACUUCCAUAUCUGUAUUCAGCGAUCCGACGGCGUCAGGAAGAACGGCAACCCGAUCACCAUUCCUGAGACACUGUACCUCGACCGCUUCAUGCAUACUGCGGACAUUCACUCGCCGCUCUUCAAGGCGAGGAAGCGCGGUUGGGACAUUAAGACUAGGUUGAACGAAAUGGAACCUGCUACAGGGGAGGAGAAGUCGAAACUUUUUGCGGACGAUCCAAACUGGACCCCGGCCAUGCGGAAACGGCUCGAGGAGGUACCUGACGAGGAAGUCGACGCGUUCCUGGUCUCAGACGAAUACAAAACCCCGUUCCCCGUGGAGCUGUAUACCAUUGACCCGGCUCUGAAGCAGUUGAUGGACAAAUACGGUGUUGCAGCGCCCAAACCUAUCCAGCCCCCCCAUCCCACUGAGCCGGUUGACAUGUUCGCCACGGAUGAUUUCUGGAAGAAGUUCGAGAUCCGUCAGAAGGAACAGAAAGAGCAGUUGACGGCCGAGCGGGAUGGGCUCUUUCGCGACGCCCAUGAUGUCGCCUACCGUCUCCACGCUGUCGUCUGUCACGCGGGGACAAGCGCUUCAGCCGGCCACUACUGGGUCUGGAUUCACGACUUUGAGGACGAUGUUUGGCGCAAGUACAACGACACGGUCGUUUCGGUGCACCCAGCUGAGUUCGUGUUCAACGAACUGAACACCAAGGGCGAGCCCUACUACCUCGCCUACGUCAAGGCCGACGAAGUCCAGAAUCUGGUCAGCGUCCCACGUCGCCAGCCGAUGGUGGCUCCGCCCGUGCCUCCGCGUCCAAACUCGGCUCACAAUGAUGUGGUAAUGACUGAUGACGCGGAUUCCGUGCUUCCUAGCAUCGAGCAAUGGGAAGACGUAGAAGUCGCCGAGGCUGCGAACGUGGACACGCCCCGCACGGCGAACAAUAACGACAAUUUUGUUCACUCACCGGACCAAAACAGAACCUAG